AUGAAACCUCUCUCUGGACGUGCAGAGCAGAGAAAGAGGAGGUAUGAGGAGAGUUUAGCUGAUUUCCAGCAGGCCUUCAAAGCACUAAGAGGCAACCAGCUGAUAGACUACAAAGCACUUGGUCUCAGAUACAAAUUAUAUGCAUGUGAGGUUCUGAUUAAUGUGGCUCUGGCUGAGGCUCAGCUGGGUCACUGGGAAAAAGCCCAUGAAAACCUCGUGAAGGCUCUCAACUACAAGACAGAUGCCAAGCUCAACAUCAUCGACAAAGCCCUGGACUCCGCCCUGAAACAGAAACUUUUCAAACCAGUCGAGUUCCCAUCCAAAGUGCUGUUUAAACCCAAUAAGCACUAUGUUGCUGAGCUGGAGAAGAAGGACUACCUGGGCAAAGCUAAGGUUGUGGCCUCCGUCGUACCUCAGGAUGCCUUCUCUGGAUUUGCCCCACUACAGCCACAGGUUGAAGACGGUCCAACUCGUCCAAAAGAACCUGAGGUUCUAAGGGCUUUAGAAGGAGAGCCCCACACUGUGCUGUUUGAGUUUGUUCCUGAGACCAGUGAUGAGCUGGCUGUUGUGCCAGGAAAUAUUGUGUUUGUACUGCAGAAGGGGGCCGACAACUGGGCAUCUGUGAUCUUCAAUGAAAGAAGGGGACUUGUUCCGUACAAUUACCUGGAACCUUUGGAGAUCAACUUGGCUUCUAAACAGAAUGAGGGAAGAGCUCAGCCUCCAAGUCGAAAAGCACCGAUCAGACCUGAAAGGAAACAAGGUCUUACUCCUAGUGGGAACAGCAGUGGAGUCACAAAACGAAAGGUAUGCUUUUUAAAUGUUAACCGCCAAGGCAACAGACCAAAGUUCAAUCAACGCCAGCACGGAAAUGGAAAGUGUGUGGAGUCGUGCCAGCGGGGUGCACAUCACUUUGUGGUGUAG